AUGGCCCAAGAAACCUGUUGUUCUUCAUCCUCAUCCAAUCAAACUUGGAGCUACGAAGUCUUUGUGAGUUUCUAUGGCAAAGAUACCCGCCUUAGCUUUACCGACCACCUCUUUGCUGCUCUAGACCGGAGUGGGAUUCACAAUUUUAGAGAUAACAGAGAUAUCGAGAGAGGAGAAGCUAUCUGGACCGAGCUUGAGAAGGCGAUCGAGUCUUCCAGGAUUGCUAUUAUAGUGUUCUCGAGAAACUACGCUGCUUCGAGAUGGUGUCUCGAAGAGCUAGUGAAGAUCAUGGAAUGCAAACAGAGCUUGCAGCAAAUGGUGCUGCCUGUUUUCUAUGAUGUGGAUCCGUCGGACGUGCGAAAUCAGAAGGGGAGUUUGGAGAUAACGUUUGCCAGUCAUGAGGAGCGCUUUGAGAAAGGCAAGGUGGCGAGAUGGAGGGCUGCUUUGACUGAGGCUGCCAACUUGUCUGGCGUGGACUUGCAAAAUGUUGAACAUCGUUUUGAGUCAAAAUUUAUAGAGAAAAUUAUUGAAGACAUUUUCUGCAAACUAAAUGAGUCGGCACACCUUAUGGUUGCACCCUAUCCAGUUGGGAUUGAGUCUCGGCUGCAGGAACUCAUUAAGAAGUUAAGCAGUGGUUCAAGUGAUGUUUGCAUGGUUGGGAUUUGGGGGAUGAGUGGCAUUGGCAAAACAACAAUUGCCAAAGCUAUCUAUAACCAACUACGAAGAAAAUUAGAAGCAAGUUGCUUUCUCAAAAAUGUAAGCGAAAAUUCUAAGCAACCAAAUGGUCUAAUUAACUUACAAGAGCAGAUUCUCUCUAGUGUCCAUGUAAAUUACAAUAGAAAAAUAAAAGUUGAUGAUGAAGGAACUUCGAUUAUAAAAAGUAAAGCAUGGCGUAAAAAGGUUCUUGUUGUUCUUGAUGAUGUGGAUCACCGGGACCAAUUGGAUAAACUGGCCAUUAGGCGUGGUAAUUUUCAACCAGGAAGUAUAAUUAUCAUUACAACAAGAGAUAAGUCUAAGCUCAAAUUGGAUGAGAUUAAUGAGAUAUAUACGCCACCAACAUUGGAUUACCACGAGUCUCUUCAGCUUUUGAGUUGGCAUGCAUUCGGAAAAGGCCACCCUAUGGGAAAUUAUGUAGAGCUCUCAAAAGAAGUAGUAUAUUAUGCUGGAGGCCUUCCAUUGGCACUUGAAGUUUUAGGUUCUUCUCUGUCUGACAAGAGCACAAUUGAAUGGGAAGGUACAUUGGAAAAAUUAAGAGUAAUACCUCAUGACGAAAUUCAAGAGAAGCUUAUGGUGAGUCUUCAUUCACUAAGUGAAACGGAAAAAAAGUUGUUUCUAGAUAUUGCGUGCUUCUAUGUUGGAAUGGAAAAAAAUUAUGCAUUCCAAAUACUCCAAUACUCAGAUUUAGUCCUUGAAAGUGAAUUAGGGGUUUUGGUUCAUCUGUGUCUUGUAACAAUUGAUUGCUCAAACCAGUUGACAAUGCAUGAUAUGAUUCGAGACAUAGGUAGAGAAGUUGCCCGUAGAGAAUGCAGCCGACUAUGUAAUCGUAAGGAUGUCCUUGAUGUAUUGGAACUUGACGAGGGAACAAAAGUAGUUGAAGGCAUCAUGACAAAUUUGUGGGUUAGUGAUUUGCCAGUUGAUGCCAUAGCCUUUGCGAAGAUGCAUCGGCUAAGAGUGCUUAAACUAAAUUACGCACGCUUGAAGGGGAACUUCCAAUGUCCUUCCAAGAGGCUAAGAUAUCUAGAAUGGUAUGGGUUCCCUAUGGAAUCCAUACCAGCAGACUUAUACAUGGAAAACCUUAUUGCUCUUUACAUGCCUUAUAGUAGCUUGAUAGAACUUUGGACAGGACCCAAGAUUCUGAAAAGGUUGAAAUUUCUUGAUGUCAGCCAUUCCUAUCACCUAAGGAGAACACCAGAUUUCUCAGGCAUGGAUAAUCUGGAGGUGCUGCUUCUUAAUAAUUGUACUGAUUUGGUCGAGGUUCACGAGUCUUUUAUAUAUCUCGACAAAUUAGUUACUUUGGAUGUUGAAGACUGGAAGCUUCCCCUCAGUAUUUACAAUUUAAAGCGAGACAUGGUGCCGAGAUUGGAAUCGCCAUUCACAGUAAGGGAUUCACUCCUUAUAUCUUCUGAAGUGCCGUUGCGAUAUCUUUGUUUUGUCCACAAGCUUCUCCAGCACAAGGAUUUCACUAUCAAUGGUAGUCUUAUCGCGACAGCUACUUCCAGUGUUCCAGGGAAUCGAAAAAAAAGCUCAAAGAGUUCAGCCAUUCAUCCUCCACAACCACCUCUGGAUACACCCACCUUUUUAAGUGAACUAGACGAUUUUUGUGGGGCUAAAGCUAAACCUAGGUUUGUAGAAUUGGAUUCGUUGAACCAACCGCAGCAUAAGAUCAUGACAAAAAUGGAUCUUACUGGGGAUGUACAAUCAGUUCUGACAAUGGGGGAACCCCACAUCCACGUGGAUUUUGUAAUUUCUUCUCAGCUUAGAGUCGAGUUCCUCACGAUUCUUGAAUUGACGUUAUGCAAAAGAUUUGAAUCAUUUGAUGGGCUUCCAAUAAGUUUGCAAGCGAUGGAUGCAAACAAUACCAUGUCCUUGGAAUGGAUACUAACCGGAUCAAAUUGGAAACUCUCAAAACAGCUGGAAUGUUUUGGCAGCUCCAAACUACUCCAGAAAAAUCUUACUGGUAAUCCAAGAAAGAAGCUUAUCAAGGAAUUGAUUGCAACCGACGGUGUUAGUGCUUUCCUUCCUGUGGGUGAGUUUCCCGACUGGUUUGACUACAAGAGUACGGGCUCAAUUUUAUCAUUUGAUGUGCCCCCGCUAGCGAAGCAAAAGAUUCGAGGAUGGUUUAUAUGUGUUGUAUUUGCAAGCUGCUUUCAUGAUAUUCAUGGAUUCACUGCUUUAUAUAAGUUCAAAAAUAGAACCAAGGGAAUUGAGUGGCAGUAUCAACAAAAGAAUCGUCGUGUAAUACCAUGUCAAGAACAUAUGUGGUUGCAAUCUGUACUGCUACGUGAUAUGGCACAUCUGUUGGAAGCCGGAGAUAAAGUGGAUUAUUCAAUACGCAUAAGCGGUGGUUUCCAAGUGAAGAAGUUUGGGGUCAACCUGAUUUAUGAUAAUGAUACGAAGGGUUGCCACUCCUAUUUUGAAGCAAUGGUCGAGAAUGCAUCACUUCCUUAUAAGGAUGAUUUUCUAGAUGAAGAUGUUUCAACAGAUCAAGCAAUGGCUGGUGAUAAGAAAAUCAACCCUUCUGAUGUACAGAAGUCUAGAUUUGAUGAUAAGAAAAAAGGGAUUGCCACUUCUUUAGAAGCAUCUAAGCGUGGAUGCUUGUCUACUCGAGAGACGACCCGACAGCAGUGGAACGAGGAGCUUGCUGCUCAUUUACAGGAUAAGGAGGAUGUCUUAAUUGCACAGCAUUGCGAGCUGACCACCACAAAUUUGGAGGAUCCGACCUUGGUUCCUGAGGACCACGGUGCUCUUUUGGAGGUUGAGGAUCGACCUUCCAAAGGCAAUGGGCAACAUAGUUGGAGCUACUUCCAUGAAAACCAGCCAGGGACUAUGUUUUUUGAGGAAGGGGCUUCGUUUGAGCAAAACCAGUGCUCCUCAGGCAUUUCAGGAAUGAACUUUUUGAUUGAUACUGCUAGUACUUCUUCACAACACAUUGCUGCAUUGGAGAGUGAGAAUUUGUGCCUUCGUAUGGAAUUAGCACGUGCCAAGCAAUUUGCUCCACGGCUCUACAUGAAUCUUCCCCGUCCACACUUCUCAUCCGAGAGUGCUUCUUCUUCAUCAUCAGCCUCUACUCAACCUACAAUAGCAGCCAUUACUCCCGUGGCUUCGAUGAGAACAAACAAUCUUGGUUUGGAUUAUACUAAUUUCCUUGCCAGACCAGUUCUUGGUUUCCAAAGCGUCAAUUAUUACCCAUCAGGAUCUACUCCACCUAAUGGAGGCUCUCACUUCCCACAAUAG